AUGGCCGCCGCUGUGCUGGAGGUGGAAGUCGGGGGAGCCGGGGAGACGGCAGAGGAGGUGGACCUGUCUGACCUGGCCCCUGAGGAAAGAUGGAGGGUGGAACAUGCCCGCAUGCAUGCCAAGCACCGAGGCCACGAAGCCAUGCAUGCCGAAAUGGUGCUGAUUCUCAUCGCCACCCUGGUGGUGGCCCAGCUGUUGCUCGUGCAGUGGAAACAGAGACAUCCGCGCUCCUACAAUAUGGUGACUCUCUUCCAGAUGUGGAUUGUUCCCGUCUAUUUCACAGUGAAGCUGCACUGGAUGCGGUUCCUGGGAAUCUGGGUUCUCUUCUCUCUAGUCACCGCUUUUAUAACCUACAGAGCCACACGCAAGCCGCUGGAGCAGACCACUCCUAGGCUCGUAUAUAAAUGGUUUCUUCUCUUGUAUAAAAUGAGUUACGCCACUGGGAUUGUGGGAUAUAUCGCUGUGAUGUUUACGUUGUUUGGUCUGAACUUCCUGUUCAGAAUAAAGCCAGAGGACGCCAUGGACUUCGGCAUCUCCCUCCUCUUUUAUGGCCUCUAUUAUGGGGUACUCGGAAGGGAUUUCGCUGAGAUGUGUGCAGAUUACAUGGCGUCCACAAUAGGUUUCUACAGCGCAUCAGGGAUGCCCACCAAGCACCUUUCAGACAACGUGUGCGCCGUAUGUGGGCAACAGAUCUUUGUGGAUGUUAAUGAAGAGGGAAUCAUCGAGAACACGUACCGGCUCUCCUGCAACCAUGUUUUUCAUGAGUUUUGUAUCCGAGGCUGGUGCAUUGUGGGGAAGAAGCAGACGUGUCCGUACUGUAAGGAGAAGGUGGACCUGAAGAGGAUGUUCAGCAAUCCGUGGGAGAGGCCUCACGUCAUGUAUGGACAGUUACUAGACUGGUUACGUUAUCUAGUGGCAUGGCAGCCUGUGAUCAUUGGACUGGUACAGGGGAUUAACUACUGUCUGGGCCUAGAU